GGAUUAAGCUGACAUAGUCUAAAACAGGCCCAAGGAUCCGCAUCACACAAAACGAAACAAACGGCCUGCUAGACGAAGGCCCGUUCAAGCUCACCCAAUUUAGGCCCACACUCCGCAGCAGCAUUCCAUGCGAUGCGCCCAGCCCAUAGCCAUGUCUCUCUCUCCUCGUGUGUUCGCGCUCCACGAGGUCUAGCCCACGAUUCCACACGAGAUCAACGAGAAGGACAAUGGGGGGAGGGACGCCUCACUCAGAAUGGAAAGCAGGCAGGCAGCGGGGGCAGCAGGGCCGGCCACGCGGAGCACGGCGACCCGGCAAGGCGUAACCGCCGAAACCGCCGCCCGUUCCAGCAGCACGCGCGCGUUUCCCGGCGCAGGCGAUAACUACCGCCCACCCGCACCCGCACCCGCACCGCGCCUCGCCUCGGCUGCCCCAUCGCGUCGCCUCGUCGUCGUCGGACACCUCGCCGCCGGCCGUCGCGCGCGCGCGUCUAUGGGCGGCUUCGCCAUCCACCCCGCCCCUGGACGACGCCCCAGCGACAGCCUGCCCCCGUCCGCCGCCGGCACCGGUACGACGACGACGACGACGACGUCCUCGUCCUCGUCCUCGUCCGCCUCCUCCUUCUCCCUCGACGAUGCCGUUCGCCGCGGCGUCCACCACCACCACCACCAGACCCGCCGCACGCCGGGGCACACGCUGGAGGAGCCACCGUCUCGGCGGCGGAACCGGGCGGGGGGCCGCCACGGGAACGGCGCCUCGUCGUCGUCGUCCCGCUCGGCCCGGCUGCUCCAGAGGCUGCGGCACGCGCUGCCCGUCCUGACGCUCACGCCGCGGUGCGGGAAGAUGCAGCAGGUCGGCACGCCGUCCGAGAUCGCGGCGGCGGCGUCCUCCUCCUCCUCCUCCUCCUCGUCCUGCUCGUCCUCGUCCGCGGCGCCCGCGCCCAAGGGCGUGUCCUUCUCGCGCCCCUGCCGCCGCGUGACGGGGACGCUCUACGGCCACCGCAGGGGCCGCGUGGUGCUGGCGCUGCAGGAGACGCCGCGCUGCCUGCCCACCCUCGUCGUCGAGCUGGCGCUCCAGACGCACGCGCUGCUCCGCGAGCUCGGCAACCCGGCCGGCGCGCGCAUCGUCCUCGAGACCGAGCGCCGCGCGGUCUCGCUCUCGGAGCCCGCCGCCGACGCACGGGCGACGCGCGGCGGAGGCCGAGGCCGCGCGCCGCCGCUGCUGGACGAGCCGUCGUGGACCAUGUUCUGCAACGGCAAGAAGACGGGCUACGCGGUGCGGCGCGAGGCCACGGACGACGACCUCACGGUCAUGGAGACGCUGCGGGUGGUCUCCAUGGGCGCCGGCGUGCUCCCGGGGACGAGGGCCACCUCGCUGGUGAUCGACGCGGCGGCGGUGGCAGCGGACGACGAGGUGCCGUACAUGCGCGGCUGCUUCGAUCACUUCAUCGGGUCCCGGGACUCGGAGUCGCUGUACAUGGUCGCGCCGCAGGGCGGCGGCACGGGCCCGGAGCUCGCCGUCUUCUUCGUCAGGCUCUGACCUCCGAUCAUGGCCGCCAUGAAAUGAAUGCAAGACGAUCGAAGGGCAUCCAUUCAUCGCCAUCGCCACGUACAUAUACAUAUGCAUCGUCGUCAGAAUUCUUUGGAUCUUGCAGCCUCGUAAUAGCGACCUAAAGAUUGACUAAUAAGAAAUUACAGUAAGAAACAAAAUUAAGAGCUAGGAGUCGCCCAAUUAAUUUGUGAUUGGCGUCAUGACGACUAACUGAAUCUUCUGGAUAAUUUUUUUGGUUGAUUCGUUCUUAGGUUGUAUACGAGGUGUUCUUGGAUUUGUACAUGUGCCCUAUGCAUCAUUGCACAAUCUAUCAUCUUAGUGGAGUAUAUACGACAGAAAUAGACACUGAAUGGUGGAAUUGUGAUCCAAAAAGUUGCUCACUUGUCAAUGCCUUGUUUGCAUCUCGUCUAAUUAUGAAUUAUGAUUAGGGGUAA